AUGUUAGAAAAAAAGUUUGCUGACAUUGACAAAAAAUUUGAGAAUGUUUUAAACAAGAACAAGAGGAAGUUAGAAAAUGCUCAGAUAAAACCUAUACAUGACAAGUUCUUAUUUGCUCAGAAUGGUAUAACAGGUCUAAUUGCACCACCUGGGUCGGGUAAGACUUUCACUUAUCUUAAAAUGGCUGCACAACAACAAGAACUAGAUGAGAAGAACCCAUUCUAUGAGUUAGUUGUCAUUUGUAGUACUUCUGGUCAAUUUGACCAAACCGUCAAUUCGUUCAAAGAUAUUAUAAAGAAGUCUAAGUUAGUAUGUAUAAAAGACUCUGAGUUGUUAGAUUGGAUAAAGAAGUACCAAAGAAGAGUUUUGAAGUAUAAUGCUAUAAAUGAGUAUAUAAAUUCUAAGUUUAAAGACCCAAAUGAGGAAAUGCAGAGAAUAUUAGAGAAGAAACACUUCAGAAACAAACAGAAAGAGAUAGAAUACAUUUCGAAGAAAUUGCAAUCUUACGAUUGGAAGACAUACCCUCAUAG